AUGGACAAGAAAAACUCUAAACCAACGGCUAGUGGCUCAUCAUCUACAACAAGUAAGCCGAAUAAGUUAUCAUCAUCAUCAGCAGGAACAACAACAGUAGAGGAAUGGAUUAAAACAAUACCUAACAUAAAAGGUGUAUACACACAAAUUGAACCAAUUUGUGAUGCAUUACGAAUUGAUGGUGAAAAUUGUGAUCGAGCUAUGAUCUCGAUCAGUUUUAAUGGUAUUGAUCCAUUGUUUAUGUACACACAAUUACUUAAAGAAACAUUUUUGGAAAUGGAUGAUGACGACGAUAAAUCUAUUAAAGAAUUCGUUGACUACUGCCGUCUUCAAGGUGGUAUUAAUGCAAAUCAUAUUGACAAGAUCGAAAAAGAAUAUCGUCUUCAUACACCGAUUUGGUGGUAUACAGGUCCAUUUUUUAUGUACUCGAUGCUCAAUCAUGCUCUUCGACAAAUGGAUAUCGACAUUAUACUUAAAAUGGGCUUUUUUAUUCGCCAUCUACAUCAAUAUAUUGAAAACUUACACCGUGAACAAGAAUCCAUCAACACGACGACAAAUACUCCAUUUCAAGUUUUUCGAGGUCAAAGUUUAUCUCUCGAAAACUUUGAAAAAAUGAAAAAAAUCAAAGGCGGGCUCAUGUCUUUCAACAAUUUUCUUUCAACAAGUCGCAAUCAGAAUGUUUCCCUUGAACUUUUUGCAAGACCCGCAGAUCCUGAUUCCGUUGGCAUACUCUUUGAAAUGACCAUCGAUCCAACACUGUGCGCAACAUCUUCAAGUCCUUUUGUCGGUGUCAAAAAUGUUGGCUUCUUCGAAGAUCAAGAAGAAGAAAUUCUUUUUACAACGCACACUGUAUUUCGCAUCGAUGGAAUUAAACCAAUAGACGAGGACAAUACUGAUCAACGAUGGGAAGUCAAGCUUACUCUUGUGAGUAAUGACAACCAUGAAUUAAACACACUUACAACCCAUAUACGCCAAGAGCUUGGUUCGACAACAGGAUGGUCUCGACUUGGUAAUAUACUAAUUCAACUGGCAUUAAUCAUUGUAGAAAGUUCAACAAGUCAAUAG